AUGCGUUGCAAUUUGAAACGAUUAUUCACUUUGGCGUUUCUGGUAUUCGCCACAACACUUGUCAUUCUAUCAUUGCCUAAGGAGAACUUUGGACGAGAAUGGGAGCAAGCGCCACAUUCAAGGGAAGCGAGAGCUGAGCCGAUACAGCGGGAUCAUAUCCCAUCACAUGGCCAGAAAUCCUUACCUCGACAACCUAAACCACCAAGUUUGGAAAGGAAAGAUGAUGGAAUUGAUGCAUUUGAUUUCCAAGUAUCUUCAAACCGUGUAAACCUGCAAAAACUGUACGGUUUUUUGAAAGAUUACACAUUUGAUGAUAAAACUAAUCAAGAAUGCAGAAAAAAUAUCACAUUAGCUCAAUAUUGGGAAGAAACUGAAGGAAGAUCUGUGCCGGAAGAUGAUAACUGGGAACGAUUCUACGCUAAUAUUGGAAGUUGCGCAGUAUACAGUGACGAUACUAUGAUUGACAAUCUACUAAAUGACUUAAACACUAUGCCAAUCAAGCAUGUUCACAUAAUGGAUGGAGGAACUCAAGUGAAAUUUGUGCUGACAUUUAAUAAUGACAAACAAGCAGUAUUCAAACCGAUGAGAUUUGGAAGGGAUUAUGAAUCGGACCCAAAUCAUUUUUACUUUUCCGAUUUUGAAAGGCAUCAUGCCGAAAUUGCGACAUUCCAUCUUGAUAGAAUUCUCGGUUUUCGGCGCGCUGUUCCUACGGUUGGACGAAUAUUGAAUAUGACAACUGAGCUGUUCGAAAAAGCCGAAAAGAAGCUGAAAAAGACAUUCUUCUAUUCGCCGGCAAAGAAUUUUUGUUUCGUCUCGCGCUGCGAUUAUUAUUGUGAUACGACACAUGCGAUUUGUGGAUUUCCGGAUAUGAAGGAAGGUAGUGUGCAAGUCUUUUUGCCGGAUGAAACAGCAGUGCCAAGGAAACAUAAUCGAAGUCCUUAUAGAAGAACGUAUUCGAAAAAGAACCAACUUGCCGAUUGGCAGACCGAUAUGAACUAUUGCACCGAAAAGGUCAAAUCAAAGAGACAAUACGCUAAUGGCCGUAGGCUAUUAGAUCUCAUAGAUUUGCAUAUUUUAGACUACUUGAUAGGAAACCAAGAUAGACAUCAUUUCGAAUCAUUCAAUGUGUUUGCAUCCAUUCCAUCGUAUGCAGUUCACCUUGAUCAUGGAAGAGCAUUCGGACGAAGCGACUUUGAUGAUGAUGAUAUAUUGUUGCCGUUAAGGCAGUGCUGCUUAAUAAGACCAUCUACUCUUCAAACUUUGUUGCAUUUUUACAGCAAACCAAAAUCUUUAUCAAAAACCUUACAUAAAUCAAUGGCGAAAGAUCCAGCUCAUCCAAUUCUUGCUUAUAAGCACUAUCCAGCAAUUGAGCGGCGAUUACAUAAAUUAAUGUCGUACCUGGUCCAAUGUUUUGAACAAAGUCCCGCCAGCGAGAUAAUCGUGCCAGAAUUCCACAACACUGACGUCACCGAUAACGACGAAGAUGAGAAAAGUGAAGAAGAUGAAAAGAAAGGCGGAAAGAAGACAUAG